AUGCCGGUGCAGGCCGUGUGUCCCUACUGUGGAAACCACAUCAUCACGGUGACCUCCUUUGUCCCGGGUGCCCUCACCUGGCUGCUGUGUACCACCCUCUUAGUGUUCGGCCGACCUCCGCUCCGGGGCUGCAGGUGCGUCCUGGGCUGCUGCUUCCUCCCAUUCUGCAUAAGGAGCCUAAUGGACGUGAAGCACUCGUGUCCCAUGUGCCAGCGCGAGCUCUUCUACUACCACCGCCUGUGA